AACCCACCGAGUGAUGGACUCGUUCUUCGUUUUCUUCUUCUUCGCUACUAUUCCAUAGAAAUAUCCCUCUAUUCUCAAAUCAACUAAAGCCAUGAAUUCCCGUUUUGCCCUUCACCACUCUCUCUAUUUCCAGAUCCCUACCCUCACGAAAACACCUUCGCUCAUUGGCGCCAACCAUACCUCCGCUCGCUUCUGCUCCCGAUAAAUAAAAACACACCCAAAAGCAACUUUUUUUAUAAUUUAAUUAAUUUUUGUUUUCUAUUUUUUUUUGUAAAAAACAAAGGUGCACCAUCGGUUUCCAUGGACCCUGCCGCUGGCAAGCCUGGCUUUCUCAGGAACGUUAUGGUACGGUUACUUCUCUUUGGCGUUCUCAUCGUAAUCAUACGGUUCGCUUACAUCAUCACCAUUGCCGGCGAGUCAUGCAACGUCGGCGACUUCUGCUUCUUCUCUAUACCGGAGACGCUGAAUCUCGCCAUCGCCGGCGCCGGAACAGCGGCUCUUGCCGCCCGCGUAUCGUCCGUCUCCGACGCGGCAGCUCCGGAGAUGUACGCAAGUAAGGACUGGAUCAACGGGGUGCAAUUCUACUCGUCCGUGUUCCAUGACCUGAUCGCCGGCGGCUUCCUCUCGCCGGAAUCCAGGUCGCUCUGCGUGGAGACGCCGACCGGACGCGACGUCCUCGCGCUGAAGGAGAUCGGCAUUGCGGACGCCGUCGGGAUCUCGAAGAAGGCGGCGAGGCCGCUGGUGAAAGCCGGCGAGGCUCGCCGGAUUCCGUUUGGGAACAGCACGUUCGACUUCGUGUUCGCCGGCGACGGUGCGCUGGAGAAAUCGCCGUGGCCGUCGGAAUUCGCCGCGGAAAUUGCGCGAACGCUCAAACCCGAAGGGUUUGCCGCGUUCCAUGUAAAGGCCAAUGACUCUUACAGUUUCAAUUCAUUCGUUGAUUUGUUCAAAUUUUGUUGCAGAGUGGUGAAAUUGAAUGAAAUAGUAGGGUUUGAUUCAUCAAUGCCUCACAUUAAAGAAAUCGUUGUGAAGAAAGAGGGUAAUGGAAUUACUAUAGAUUCUGAUUCUGAUGCUUAUUCCAAUGGAAAAUGCUCUGUUCCUGGGUAUAAACAAGAAUUGGUUAGAAAUACAGAGGGUUUGAUUGAAGAGGAGCCACUGAAGCCAUGGAUUACUCUAAAGAAAAACGUGAAGAACAUAAAGUACCUUCCUUCUAUGGUUGAUAUAAGCUUUAAGAAUAGGUAUGUGUAUGUUGAUGUUGGAGCUAGAAGCUAUGGUUCUAGUAUUGGAAGUUGGUUUAGGAAACAGUACCCGAAACAGAACAAGACCUUUCAUGUGUAUGCAAUUGAAGCUGAUAAAACGUUUCAUCAGGAAUAUGGGCUGAAAAAAGGGGUAACUUUGUUGCCUUAUGCUGCAUGGGUGAGGAAUGAGUCUUUGGUGUUUGAGAUUAACCGUGACCCCGGGGAGAAGGUUCAAGGUAAGGGCAGAGGAAUGGGGAGGAUUCAGCCUUUGCAAUCUAAGGGUGGUUUUGGUGGUGAGAUUGAGAAGAUUCCAGGGUUUGAUUUUGCUAACUGGUUGAAGAACACAUUUUCUAAGAAUGAUUUUGUUGUGAUGAAGAUGGAUGUGGAGGGUACUGAGUUUGAUUUGAUUCCUAGGUUGUUUGAAACUGGCGCUAUCUGCUUGGUGGAUGAGAUUUUUCUUGAGUGUCAUUACAAUAGGUGGCAGAGGUGUUGCCCUGGACAGAGGAGUCCUAAGUAUGAGAAAACAUAUGAACAAUGCUUGCAGCUUUUUACCUCUCUCAGACAAAGUGGGGUUCUUGUUCAUCAAUGGUGGUAAUUGGUGAUUGUAUGAUGGGUUAAAUCCUAUACAUUUUCUCUGUAUCAUUCUUGUUUUCCUUCAACCUUCUGCAUGUUUCCUCACAGUUUUCUUUACUUUUUUUAGCCAAUAGGGAAGAGAAAGAGAGUCCUUUGUUUUUUAAAUUUCUUUACUUGUAACAGUUGCAACUGAAAUGAAAAUCAUCCCUUUACAACAAUUGUAUUUGUUACACAUCUCUUUUUUUAAUUUGUGUAGAUACAGCACUGAGAGGAAUUUGACUGUUUCUUUUGUAAGCUUGUUAAAUUAGUUCCACAGCACUGAGUAAUAAAAGUAUUAGGGAUAUUUGGUCAAAAGGUUCUUAAAGUGGGAUUGGGUUUUCCAUGUUUAUAAAUGGACAAUAGUGUUUAUUAAAAAAAUAUAUUUCUUAUAGUUUUAUAUUUUUAAUGUCAUAAAAAAAUUUUAAUAAAUUUUUUAUUAUUUUAAAACAUAAAAUCAGCCAUAAAAAUUGAAGUGAAUAAAAACAAUUGGAAAUGAUAACCAAAGAGACUGAACUAAAAUCCUGCUAAGCCUUUUUUUUGGCUGCCUUUCUGAAACUAGGCUUGUUAAUAAUUAGUAAAGCGAAAGCAGUUUAUCAUUAAUUAGAGCAGCCAUGUGACAAUGUACAAGUGGGAUCUAUUUUCAGCUAUGUGGUGUGGUUGUUAAAAUGUGGUUUUCUUCAUGAGUUUCUCUCUGCAUUGGAAAGCUAAUAAUGAGCUUUGUACAUACAACGAAACAUGCAAAAAAGUAAAAUUUGAGACUAACACUUAAUUUUUAAUCUGCCACUUCACGUAUUCGGAGAUAAUUCUCUCUUUUCAGGGUAGUAGUGUGAAAAUGAUUGAGAAAAUAAAAAUAAAAAUUGAAAAUGUGAUAA